CAGAAGCGUGACGCGGGGUCCGGGUGCCUCGUACAAGCUCGGCCGUUUUCGGCGGCGGUCGGUCUGGCGGCGCGCGCGGUGUUUGGCGCACCGUUCCUCAGUGCUCGCUGCGACUCGAACCGGGUGGGACGUUACCGUGUACAUAGCCGUGUACGUUGACUGUGGCCGGCUAACGACGGACGGAUCCUGCGUCGUGUGGUAAGUCCGGAGACUUAUUUCACGAACCGCCUUCCAGGGGAACACGAGCGUUUCGCGCGGAGUAACGUAACGCGCGUUACGUGUCGCGAGGAUACACACACACACAUACCGAUCGUCUUCGAAGCCGAGAGGUGCCGCACGCAUUGCGCGCCGCAUUGUGUCACGGGUGCGCAUACGACGCACAAGAGAGUCAUCCGGUUGGCGAAGGACAGAAGCGGAUCGAAGGAGAGAGAGAGAGAAAGAGGGACAGAGAAGGAGUCGGAGGGCGUGCAGGAACGACGGAGAGACAGCGAGCGGGUUGCCUGCGGAGAAAGGAAAGGCGGAAAGGAUCACAUAUUCGGGCAACAUGGCCACUACGAUCGACGACCGGCAGGAGCUGUUGGAGCAAUUCCAAGCGAUCGACGCGAAUGGAGACGGCUUCAUCAACGUCACCGAGCUGCGCAACGCGCUGGAUGUGUGCGGCUUCAAGAUGCCGGGCUACAAGGUGCGCCAGAUGAUCGAGGAAUACGACGACAAGCAACGGCUGGAGCACAGAGGUCGGCUCUCGUUCGAGGAGUUCGAGAAGCUCUGCAAGGAGCUGAAGGCCAACGAACUCGGCUCCACGUUCAAGCAAGUAGUCUCGAAGAAGGAGAACCUCGAAACUCUGGGCGGAAUCUCCGAGGCGUCUAGCGAGGGCACCACGCAUUCUGUCAGGCUGGAGGAGCAGUUGGCGUUCAGCGACUGGAUCAACACUAAUCUCUCCCACGAUCCCGAUCUGAAGCACCUGCUGCCGAUCGAUCCCGAAGGCAAGAUGCUCUACGAAAAAGUCAAGGACGGAAUAUUACUCUGCAAAAUAAUCAAUCACUCCUGCCCGGACACCAUCGACGAGCGGACCAUCAACAAGAAGAGUUUGACGCUGUACAAGAAACACGAGAACCUGACGCUGGCUCUGUCCUCGGCCCAGGCUAUAGGCUGCAAUAUCAUAAACAUCGACGCCCACGACCUCACGAAAGGCUCGCCGCAUUUGGUGCUGGGUCUACUGUGGCAGAUCAUCCGGAUUGGUCUGUUCAAUCAGAUCACUCUGGAGAACUGCCCUGGUCUGGCUACGCUUUUGCAGGACGGCGAGCGUAUCGAAGAUCUGCUGAAGCUCUCUCCGGAGUCCAUUCUGCUCAGAUGGGUGAAUCAUCACUUAGAGAACGCUGGCAUCGCCAGAAGGUGCAACAACUUCCAGUCUGACAUAACGGACUCCGAGAUCUAUACUUACCUCAUCAAGCAGAUCGCACCCAGCACAACCGGUGUCACCUUAGAAGCGUUGAUGGAGCCGAAUCACACGUCCAGGGCGGAGAUCAUGCUCCAGCAAGCGGCGAAGCUGGGUUGCCGUAGCUUCGUCACGCCUAGCGACGUCGUGAACGGCAUCUAUAAGCUCAAUCUCGCCUUCGUCGCCAACAUGUUCAACAAUUACCCGGGACUCGACAAGCCCGAGAGCAACAUUGAAGGCCUGGAGUCGUUGGAGGAGACGAGGGAGGAGAAGACCUAUAGGAACUGGAUGAACUCGAUGGGCGUAGCGCCGCACGUGAACUGGCUCUACUCCGACCUAGCUGACGGUCUGGUGAUCUUCCAGCUGUACGACAUCAUCAAGCCGGGCACGGUGAACUGGAACAAGGUGCACAAGAAGUUCACCAAGCUCAGGAAGUUCAUGGAGAAGCUGGAGAAUUGCAAUUACGCGGUCGAGCUGGGCAAGCAGAUGAACUUCUCGCUGGUGGGCAUCGCUGGGCAGGACCUCAACGACGGAAACGCGACUCUCACGUUGGCGCUGAUCUGGCAGUUGAUGAGAUCGUACACAUUGUCGAUCCUAACGUCUUUAGCCGGCACACAGGGCAGCACCCUCGUCGAGAAGGAGAUCGUUCAAUGGGUCAACUCGAAGCUGCAAGCGGCAGGGAAAUCCAGCAGUAUCAAGGGGUUCCAGGAUUACGCGAUAUCGGACGGCAAGGUCGUCCUCGAUCUUAUCGACGCCAUCAAGCCCGGUUCGGUGAACUACGAUCUCGUGAAGGAGGGUGGAACCGAGGAGGAGAGCCUGGACAACGCCAAAUACGCGAUAUCCUUGGCCCGGAAGUGCGGGGCGCGCGUCUACGCGCUGCCGGAGGACAUCACCGAAGUGAAGCCGAAGAUGGUGAUGACGGUGUUCGCCUGCCUGAUGGCGAUGGACUACAUCCCCAACAUGGACUCCGUGAAGAACCAGCAGAACAACAUCAACAAUAUGAACAACGGCCAAUAAUGUCGCGCCACCCGACAGCGACGACGCGUCCCCACCUUCACGUGCCGUCACUUUUGUACACAGCGGACUUUCGACUGGCGGCGGUUCGCGCCUCGCGCCUCAGCGAGCGUAAUAACUGUAUAUAUGUAGGCUAGGUUAGCUUGUUCUUUCGAAGAGACGAGAAGGGGAAGUUCCUGGGGAUCCCGCCGACGAGGUCGGUUCUCGUUCGCUCAUCGAACGAGUGCCGCGAGGAUUACGGAUUCGCGCUCGUCAGGCAAAACUGUGCCGAUAUACCGGAUGCAGGAUGUUCGUAGUAGCGCGACUUCCCGACCUCCAUCGUCAGGCCGGGCCGAUGGGUUAAGGCAAUUCGUGAGGAGGAACGAGAAGAUUGCGCGCUGCGUUGGAUCAAGGGAAUCGCGUUACCGUGAAUCUUGGAUCACUUCUCGAUUAAGACUCAACGCGUGUAUUGCGCGUGUAAUGAUUUCGCUAGCGCGGAUAAAGCGAUGUUAUAUGUAUACCUCGGAUGCAUACUUAAAGGUUGAAAGGAAUUUCAAGUAGACGGGCCUCUCUCGCAGGCGUUUAAACGCGACCACAUUGAGCGUAAUGUUUCGUUUCGGGACAUCCAAGAUUCACGAUGCUCUUUUCGUGCCGGAAGUGUGCUCUUUUCUGACGACGCGUAUGGAAAUCGCACGAGCUCACGACGCUCUUUUCUGCGACGACUGAUCACUGUGUCUUAGGCUGCUAUGAUUUCACGCGUCGUACUAUGAAUGUUGUCGGAUAGGGGAUUUCUAGGGUCCCUGACAUCUUCUCUGGACGCUCCAGAAAUUCGACUCUGUCCGACGAUGUUUGCCGCGGUCGACGCGUAAAAUCGCAGCCUUGUCCGCGCCAACGUGGGAUUCUCCUUCUCCCGUUGUUUUCCGCGUCGAUCAUAUCACUCGUUUUCACACUACUUGUUGUUAUACCGCGACAGAUUUGUAUAAACCGAUUUUAUACCGAGAGAAAAUGUUUCAUCGCGCGAAGCGACCACAUAAGAGAACAGGCUAAGUACCGUCGCGAAGUAUCCUUCGUGUCCUUGCAACAGGGCGCACCUCGCAACUCCGAUCUCGUAUUGAAAAACUGUCUGAAUGCGCGAGGUUCAAUCAAAAUGUCGGAUACCGAAGUAUAAGGAGAGAGGAGCGAUGUGAGCUCCCCCUCGAAAUUCUCCUCAAGGAGGACUCGACUGCCGUCGAAGGGUCGAGGGUGCCGGGGCGCCCUGCGCACAUUUUAACCGGACAGAUCGUCGGCUGCGUGCCAGAUACACCGAGUAUCCACCGCGAUAGUCUAACACUCGAAUUAUCAGUCGUAAAUAGCACACUUAACAUGAGGUAUGCAUACAUAUUUGAUAUAGCGAUAGACAUAAGAGAUUUGUGAUCUAUUUAAACUGUUACUUGAUGUCAAUGUUCGGGAUUAUUUGCACUCUCGAGGCGAUUCUCGUGGAGUCACACCUCUCUUCCUCUUCUCUCUCCCGCCCGCCCGUCGAGUCAAACGCAUAACUUCGCAUAACUUCAGAUAUCGACGAUCAUAACUUCCCCUAGGGCGAGAAAUAACAAGCGAAAUGUUUUAAAUUAGAAAAUGCGCCCUUUUCGUGAAUUCUCACGCUAGCGAAGAAGAUUCAUAAUCGACUCUCAGGGGAUGUAGAAAAUGUAAGUUUUCUACUUUGAAAAAAUUUCACUUUUUACUUUUUUGCUAUAGGAGAAAAGUUACCGUUAACGAAAUCUAAGACUGACAAAUUUGUAAGAUCUGUGAGGUAUUUCUUGAAUAUUAUUGGAAGAUUUUUAUCGAAAUUACGAUUCUAUUGUAAUUAUAACAAUAUAAUUGUGUCGAUAGCGCGAUAGAAAUAAAACACGCACAGAGGAUUAGUUCCAGUAAGAUAAGAUCUUUUCAGAAAUGCGAAGGAACGCCUCACAGAUCUUGCAAAGUUGGCGGCUCUGAAGAUGAACGUAACGAUUGUCAGUCGCACGGCUCAAGGGAUCAUGGAGGAAAAAAAUAACGGAAGGGAUAUACACCUUGGCAUAGCAAAUGUAAGGAAAGGACAAUAACGUCAUAUUGGUGUGACUACCCAGGCGUUUUUUGGUUGCGUUCCAAUAUUCACUUUUCAGUAUUGAAAAUCUACAAUUCAUGUAUCAUCACAUAUACUAUAGAUUUCCAAUACUGACAGUGAAUAUCGGAAGCCUUCAUAGUGAACGUGGAAUGGAGGAAACCAUAAAUAGCUGCAUUGUUUUUCUUUAAAAUAUUUAUAAGGAACGCCCCCACCUUUCUGCCAGAUACGUUAUUCAGGUAACAUUGAUCAAAAAAGAUGGAAAGAUAAAUGCACCUAGUGCAGAGAGCGCCUCGAAGAAAGAACAGAACGCGCCAUAUUGCUGUGGAUAAUCAGUCAGAUAUUAAUUCAGUUAGACAUAGACGCGUAUUAUCCCCACUACCUAAAAAAACUUUACACUCCUCUCUCCUGUUAUUUCUUUCUCCUAUACAAAGGACGGGCGGGAGAGACAAGGGAGAGGAAAAUAGACGAAGCUUGAAAAAUCGCCUCAAAGAUGCAAAUAAUUUCGGGCACUGCUUUACACACACACAUAUAUGCACAUACUUACACACAACACGCACACACACAAUCUCAGUGAUUUACGCGGUGUCUGUCGGCGGGUCGGAACCAACGGUCUAAGCUUCGUUAACUCUGUUUCUUGUGCAUUUAUCGUCCGCCCAUGCGGGUCUCGCGUCGAGCGUGAUUCGCGCGCGAAGCCUACACCAAACUCUCGUAUUUCGUAUUUUGCAUGCGUAUCGGCGUAUGUACACGAGGAUACCGAUGAAUUUGUCUACAUUUCCGCGCGACUCUGACCGAAAGAAGAGACUCCCGGGAUGGAGGGAGAGAGAAGGCCUUUUAAACGCUUCACCUCUGAAAUUUGCUGUUUCCACGCGCUAUUAGCGAGAUAAUAUCUUCUAUGUCACUAAUCGUACUAUAUAUUCGAGAAGCGUCGGUCGACGACGGGUCGACAAUGUGCACUACCGCGGGUGAAGCGGCAGGUGACGUGACGGUGUAACGUACACGACGACACGGAGAAAGAAAUCAUUGUAAUCGUGCCAUUAUGAGUAGCCGAGGUAAAACGCGGUCCGACGCGUUGUUUGCAUGAUAUUUGUAAUCGAUUCGGAUUCAAAGGAAGAAACGUACUUAUCUAACUCACGCGAGCGCUGAAAUAAAACGUAAAAGUAAAAAAAGAAUAGAUUCACGGCUGCUCUCUGUGCAAGUGAGGGAUAAGGACACGCGGAUUCUCCUUACGCGUGUCUUCGCGCCACGUCUUGUCUCGUGCGCCUGUCACGUGUGCACGACGGGAGCGUCGAUUUCGAGAAAACUAAUCGCGAGAGAACAGAGAGAUGACUGAAGCUCUUUUGACAAUUCUUUUCAGAGCGUCAAUCCCCGUUAUACCGCGUACACUUGGAAAAUUUGCGUCAAAUUUUCAAGAUUGCCGUACAGUCGUGGACAACAAUGUCGUCCGCUAUUUUUUUCGCCGCCGUGCGAAGCGCAACUGAUGGCCCAAUGAGAGAACUAGUUUUCUGAGAAUUUUUCAAAACAACUUCUCUCGUUGGAUCGUCUGCGUUCCGGACUGCGUCAUAAAGUAACGGGCAACCUUAUUGUCCACGACUGUAUAAGACAAGUGGCGAGGGGGGGGAUGUUAAUGGAAAUUUAUAAGAAGCAUAGCAUGCCUUCGCGACCGAGUAAGUUUCACUGACUUAAAUUAGAACAGAUCAUUGAUUACAUUUAUUGUGUAUAGCUGUUAGGCUGAUUGCGUUGCAAGGUAUGAGCAAGUUGUCUGCGCGCUGAAAACUUGCAAGACGAAACGUGCAAUUAUGUGUAUUAUCGAUUUGUAGAUAUCCGUAUUGAUUCUUCAAAUUGAUUCACUUCGUUGUCGUUAGAUUCACUGUCUCCUCAAGGUGUCUUUUUGCAUUAUUGUUCCGAGGAAGAAAGAAGAAGUCGCAAAAUGGCUACGUGGACGCAACGUGGUUACAAUGUAUUGAAUGCGUGUUGAUCGUCCACGUGUAAUACGUGAGAGGAUCAAAGGGAAGAAACGUCGUUCGGGAGGAAGAAAGAGAGAGAGAGAGAGAGAGAGAGAGAGAGAGAAAGAUGAGGGCAAAUGGAGACACACGAGACUCGGAACGUUCAUGUCAGUUUGGUAUAAAUCGGUGCAGAAAGUCUUCUGUAUAGGAUCGAGUAUACGAAAUACACGACUUCUAAAAUCUUGAGGGCCAUCUGCAAUUUGACUAAUUAGAGCUAAGUACAUCGCAAUCAAUGAAGUAACUCUGAAUUCGCGAUGAUCAUUGUAUACGUAAAUUUCACGUAUAGACACACACACACGCGCGUACGCACGCACCCACGUAUGCGCGCAUACAUACGUACACGCGUGUAACGCCAUUUCUGUACGUGUAUGUGUGCGCAUGUGUGCAUGUGUGAGAGAACAUGAACAUGCGUCCAUCGUUCUAGUUAUAAUUUAAUGUAUGCGUAAUUUAAAUAAAAAAAAAUUU